ACUGUUGUUAUUUUACGUGCGUCUAAUUGUCAUAGGAAUGUGAACAGGAGAGAAGAAGAGAAGGAGAGAGUAGGAGGGGGAAAUAAAGGGAAGGAGGAGAAAAAAAUAAGUGCAGUGAUGUCAGCCCGUCCCACUCCCAUUCAGUACAAAUGCAACAGAGCGGAGCAGAGGCUGCAUACCACUGCUGCUGACGACUGACCUGACCCCACACAGACACAAAGGCUCACUCUCACACCGCCUCGCGUCACACACUUUCAUCAUACCACACUCGCAGAGCAACUGAAACUCCAGACCAGUGCACAGGGAGAUGCAACCGGCUGGCAUCUACUGAAGCAGCAACCUUCAGCAGAGCCCAUUUGAUCCGGGACACGCUGCACCUUCACUUCCAGGGAGCCAGACAAACUCCUACUGCACCGAGGAAGGGCACUUGGCGAAGGGCGCUACAGUGACCUCCGGCAGUUAAGACUGUACCUGAUUCCCACAUCCCUUUAAAGAGAAAAGGGGAACCCGACUCUGAGCGGAGGGAGAAAGGAGGGACGAGAGGAGCGAUCAUACCUCGCCGCUGAAACACGACUCCACUGGACGGAGAGGCAGAGGGGCUGACGGCUGUCGCUGGCAACCCGGGAGCAGAGGCAGGAUGCUGGCCAAAAUCCUCGAGGACAUGUGGGUGGAGCCGGAGGUGCUGGAGGCCCUCAGCGAGGAGCAGAAGAGGAUCCUGUUCCUGAAGAUGAGAGAGGAGCAGAUACGUCGCUGGAGAGUGCGGGAGGAGAGGGAGGAGGGCGAAAGGGGAGAAAGCAACGACGCCGGGCCAAAGAAAGCUUCCAGUAAACACGUGCGGUGGCUGCUCGGUCGGGACGGAGAUGUGAGCGUCAUUGUCAUCGGAGAGGUGGACGAAUUCAGGUCCUCCAAACUCCUACAGAGCCUCAUGAACCACAGACUCCACAAUGAUAAUAUGAAUGGCAUCCAGACAGUGAAGCUGCUGCCAGGAAGAGAGGCCAGAGAGCUUGGCUUUAAAGAAGAGAUCCAGCUGCCCCUCACAGAUGAUUACCAAGCGUCACCGAACAACCAGUCAUCCGAGGAAGACUCCUGCAGCGCCGAUGACGACCUGAAGGACCCCGCAGAGGACAGCGACAGUGAAUCAGGCGGCAGCGCAGACAAUCUCAGCAACUGGGAUCCUCUCUGCAGGCCCCAUCUUAGUCGCCAUGGCAACCAGGCGCCGCUCAAAGCCCGACUGUCAGACACAGAGAGCGCCGGCCUGCAAGACAGAGGAGUUGUGUGUCGUGAAGAGCAGGAGUCUGAACGCAGAAGUCGCGUAGCGCAGCUCAGGAAGGCGUUCGCAGAUGACCACCACAACACGACACCUGCCCGCAGCAAACCUCCUAUACCUGCCAAACCUGCUCAUCUACAGAAAAGAAGUACACCAUUGAUCCAUUAGGUCACCGGGUGUAUCCACCCUGCUACAAGACAAUACUUGAACCUUAAAAGGGGGAGCAUGCUGUACUGACUUUGUCGUACCCACUGUGGAAAUAAUGGCUGUUACAUGCUGCUGGACCAGGCGGCAAACACAUGUGAAGAAGAAGGUCCUUAUUUGAACGUGAGUGGUGAACUGACGUGCACUUUAUUCGGCCAGUGGAAGGACCGACCAACAGACAGAGAGAUGUCUGGUGGGGUGGAGUGAGAGAAAGACUUGAAAGCUUUCUGAAUGAUAAAAUGAAGCAGCUUUGAUGUUGCUGAGUUCAAAUACGCUCACGUAACUUUUGUUAUUGAUAGGCAGACGGAGCACCCGGUUCACUUCUUAAAUAACUGUCAUGAAGAAUAAUCUUUCAAAUGUCAAUAAUGUGUUGUUAUUACUAUUAUUAAAGCGAUAGUGUUUCGCUUUUUACUCAUUUCUUCUGUACUGUGUUAAAUGUCGAAAUAGUUUGGUGUUGGUUUUUUUGAGUCAAUGUAACUUGUCACUGUGCUGUGUUAACACCACUGAUGUUCACCGGUGAUGGCAACAUCUUUAUCCAUCAACUUGGCAAUCAACCAUUGCUUUGGUGCAGGGGUGUGCGGAUAAAUAAAAAAGGGCUUCAUUCUCGGUAAACGAUCAAUAAGA